AUACUUACAGAUUUGUACCCUUCUUGUUUGGCAUAUUAAACGUCAUUCGGUCAUUUGAUAAACAUUGUAAACGAGAAACAUUGUUAGAGAUUACGGAGAUUACGAAGUAUUAAUAUAAAAGCUUCGCGUGUUAGAUUAUUUUGGUAUAAACAAAUUUAAACUAUUCAAAAUGAGUUACAUGUUGGGACACUUACACAAUGGAUGGCAAGUAGACCAGGCUAUUCUCUCUGAAGAAGAUCGAGUAGUUGUUAUAAGAUUUGGACACGAUUGGGAUCCCACCUGUAUGAAGAUGGAUGAGGUUUUAUACAGUAUUGCCGAAAAAGUAAAGAACUUUGCAGUCAUCUACCUCGUUGAUAUAACUGAAGUUCCAGAUUUCAAUAAAAUGUACGAGUUAUAUGACCCCUGCACAGUGAUGUUCUUCUUCCGCAACAAACACAUAAUGAUAGAUCUGGGCACUGGAAACAACAACAAGAUCAACUGGCCGCUAGAAGACAAGCAGGAGAUGAUUGACAUAAUUGAAACAGUAUACCGCGGUGCGCGCAAAGGACGGGGUCUGGUUGUGUCUCCAAAAGAUUACUCAACUAAAUACAGAUAUUGAAUGCUUAUUGACUAUGUUUUUAGGAUUUUUCUAUGACUGAAAUUAGAUUUCUUAAUGCUCUGAAAGUGGGCUGAAGUGUAAGAAGACAAUUUUAUAUAUACAAUCUAGAAGGGUUAGUAGUAGGUUAAACUGAUUAAUUUAUGUAUGUCACUGAUCAUUAAAAUAAUAACUAAAAUGAUAAAUAGCUCAAUGAUUGCUUUCUUUGCUCACCAAUAUUAUCAUUAUCUUAAAUUAUUCUUGAAAAUUGAAGAGUUCAAGACAUCUAAAAAACAAUAUGAGAUAAUUUUAAAGUAUUUAGUAGCUGUAAGUUGUAGAUAUAUGUAGAGUCUAUGUCUCCACUGUAAUUAGGAUUUUGAGCCAUGUACCAAAAGCAAAUUAAAUGUUGACAAAUAUAUUUCUAAUAAUAAAAUGUUUUAAUUGCAUAA